AUGCGUAUUUUCCUUAUUCGACAUGCAGAGACGGAGCAUAACGUAGCGCAGGUAUACGCUGGCACUACUGAUUCAGCCUUGACAAAUCACGGUGUAUUACAGAUUGAGCAUCUUGCUCAACACUUUGCCACCAAAUCUAUCCAUUUUAAUACGAUAUUUGCAUCUGACCUGAGCCGAGCCCGUCUCACAGCAGAGGGCAUUUGCCGCUUACAGCCUCAGCGAAAUGGCGUUCCUCUUACACCUAUCUUAACCCCGGAUCUGCGCGAAAAAGAUUUUGGCUCGUUAGAAAAUGUCCGCUGGCAAGCUUCUAAUACUGCAUCUCCAGGUAAUCGGGGACGUCCCGAGAACCUUGGUCCUGCCUCUGCUGGCCUGCAUAUUGAAAGCGAAACCAAUGCUUCAAUGAGACAAAGAGCUACUUCAUUUCUAAACGGAUAUUUUCUUCCCUUGAUGCUUGAUGCUUCUGAAUCUGAGGAUAACGUGGCAAUUGUUGCUCAUGGUAUCAUUCUUCGUGUGCUGUGGAAUUGUCUCGUUGGGCUUUUUGAUCCUAUGCAUAUAACCUUGACAACUGGCACUCCUUCAUUUGAUAAUGGACCAGCAGCCCUGGUUACACUGAACUGGUCGAAUACAGGGUAUACGAAAUUAUGGAUUCAACCUCCAUCUCAACAAAAGCUGAGCCUUGGUGUAGGCCCAGAUUCGGAAUUGUCAGACAAUUCAAUAUCUACAUCAAAUACUUCCGGUCAAGAUUAUCUCCUGAAUGGGUGGACAAUGAGAAUAAUUGUCAUUGAUAGUAAGGACCACCUUGCAGGUCUGCGUCGGACUCGUGGGGGAAUUGGUAGUGCCGCGCAUGACACGCGACAAAGGAGAAUCGAGCAAUUCUUCAAGCAAUAA